AUCAACAUCGUAGCUCUAUCUGUUUCCGGUUCAGAAGCAUGUUUUGAAGAAUUAUCUAGGUUUAAACGUUUAUCUGCAUCGAAUGCCAUUACAAUGUUACCCUUGUCACUCCUGAGAACUGCUGUCAACCAUCCAAUGCUGGUUGAGUUGAAGAAUGGCGAGACAUACAACGGACAUCUUGUCAGCUGUGAUAACUGGAUGAACAUCAACUUGAGGGAAGUUAUCUGCACAUCUCGGGAUGGUGACAGAUUCUGGAGGAUGCCGGAGUGCUACAUCCGAGGAAGCACAAUCAAAUAUCUUAGAAUUCCUGAUGAAGUCAUUGACAUGGUGAAGGAAGAGGUCAUUCAGAAGAACAAAGGUCGUGGAGACAUGCGAGGGAGGGGAGGUCAGCGUGGGAGGGGGAGAGGUGCAUUCUCGGCUGGAGGUCGGGGAGGUCGUGGUGGAGGUCGAGGAGGGGGAGGUGGAGGUCAGCAGAAGCCAGGCAAGGGCCGCGGCAACUGAGAAGCCAAAGUUCAGAAAGAAGGCUUCCUACCAUUUAGUCAUCACAACAAAGGCUAAUUGCCAGUCAGUUAUCUCCCUUUGGAAGGCUUCAGAUUUGAAGCUGGAGCAGCAAGUUGAAUAUGGUGUGGAAUUUAACAGAAAACAAAAGUGCUAGGGUAGUUAGAAUAUAGCCAGACUGACAGGCAAAGACAGUAUUGGAAAGAUCAGAUUGUUUUCUUAGAUUGUCAGUAUGAACCUUUAUUCCAGUAUAAGGUAUAAUACUUUUUCGGUUUCAUUUGUAAAUAUGUAUUGGUUCAUGCCCUCCUGAAGGUGACAUGGACUUUCAAUGCUGGAGGCAUGAGCUUCGAAAGUCCAUAUUGCCAGAGAGGGGGGCGCUAAAUGACUUAUACCACAUGGGCCACAAAUGCAACUGUGAUCCGAGGCUCGGUCCCUCUUGUUCGAAUCGAAUCAUCCAACCUCGGUCUAUUGUAUGUGCAGGGUCAUUACGAAGAAUAACUAUCUGCCACAAUAGUAGACACAACACACCCUAGUGGUAUAAGUGACAGUAGUCCCCGUCUAAGAAAGACUGGUCACCAUGAUGAGGUGGCAGUUAUCGUUAAUGCUUACUUACUUUUUGAGGGUGUAAAACAUACGUUCCAUUUUCCUAGUCAACCGAUUAACAGGCACAAAUAAGACUACCAGUAACUCGGAAUGAAGUGUGUCAUUUACUGACAAAGAUAUAAUUUCUCUAUUUGUAGAACAAUCAUAUGUAAAAAAUUUAAAAAACACACACACGACUACCGGUAACUCAGAAUGAAGUGUGUCAGGUACUGACAAAGACAUAAUUUGUCUAUUUGUAGAACAAUCAUAUGUAAAAAAUUUAAAAAACAAAGUUUGAAAGCAUUCUUAUCUGAAUUUAGUCAUUGUCAUCGGAUAGCAUGGCUAGUCCAAGACUACCGGUAGUCAUAUUUAGGAAGGACUAGUGACAUUUCCUUAUGCACUUUGACUAAUUACUGUUAGGCACAUGGCAAAUGAAGAAUAUCAUCUUUGCAGACUAGUGAAAAUAAAACUUGGUUUCUUAGUCUGAUGCAGUCGGUGAACUAUCUCUUCUUUUAUUUCUUUGUUUUUGAAAACUUUUUAAAUGCCACGAUUAGGGCAGAACAAAGAAUGUAACAGAGAUGGACUAACUUCCUCCCGAUAUCUGGUUAGAUACAGAUUGGGGGAAGUCAUGGUAGUUGCCAUAGUUACACAACUUGUGAAAUAUGUUAACACUUGUGCUAAUGCUAUCGUGUUUCCCCUUGUAACUGAUCCUCCCUAUACUAUACUUGAAGGAAGCUAAGUAUGGCUGUUUUGACUCUUGCUUGAUUUUAUCGUGAUGUUACUAUGUUUGUCUUUCAUACUUGUAACACAUAUUUCAUUUUGAUAUUUUCAACAUUAUGUAUGACGGAUGCAUUUCAUCAUCGAUUUUCAUGGUUAUUGUAUUGAUGACAGUGAAUGGCUGUUUGUCUGUCCUGGUUAGAUACAGGUGAGAAACUGAAUAAGGCUACGUUGUUCAUCACUGUGUUAUAACUGUCUUUACAUUUGUUUGUAACUUUAACAAAUAAAUGUCACUUUCGACCUUCAUUCAU